AUGGCGUCUGUCACCACAUCCACAGCAGCCAGCGAGGCCUCUGAGCGCCGUAUCCCCUCCACCGACUUCAGUCCCGACAUACAACCCGAAUACGUAUGGUCCCAUGUCCGGUGCAUCUCAAACAAACCGCGACGACCGGCGCAGACCUGUCUCCGGUUCAGCGGCCUGGACAGGCCACCGUUUCCGCCGGCGCAUAGCCAGCCAUGGUUCGCGAACACUCCCUACGCCCCGCCUCAAUCCCACUCGGGUGCCGCCUUUCUUCCUCCGCUCCCGCCCCCGCCCCACCUCCCGCCGCCUUUUCAUUACCUCCGAAUCUCCUCACUCCACGAUCGCUCCCCAGUGCCCCCCAAGACUAGCCACAGCGCUCUUCCCGCCAAUCCCCUUACCGGAUUUGUCGGGCCUUCGGACUGGGAACAUUUUUCUGCCGACCACGGAUACAUUGAAGAUGCAGAAGCAAUGCAGCCGAGAAAGGGCACGACCCUUUCGCGGCAGCCGACCGCAACACUGUCCCCGAAAAGUUGCACCGCGGUGCCCAACGCGCCGCCGGCCCACCCGUCCGAGGCCGCUGCGUCACCGUCAAAUGUGUCCCCGACGAUCCGGGUUGCGCAUGCCCAUGAGGAUACUGGGAUGCAGUCCAAGUACUCGCCGGUGAGCCCGGGAGCCGGAUACGCACCUCGAGAUCCCACCAGGCCCGUCCGAGUAGACAGCGCGAAGUCCGAGUACAGUAGCAUUGCCGGCGCUGAGACCGCAGAGCACAUUGAUGGGCUGAUCGAAGCCUGGAAUCAGCCGGUGCUACCAGAAACGGAAAGCAUGGCCCAAGCGCCAUCCCCAUUGCAGCAGAAAGCCAGUCCGAUAGAAACGCCCAAGUCCGGGCAGGAUUUUACGAGCCAUCAGAAGAACAUGCAACUACGCAUAGAUACGGGGGGUCCAAGUCCCACCCCUGGUGGCGCAAAUGCGCACACAGGGGUGCCGGUGACCCCUGCGAAACCCGUCGAUCCUUGCGAGAACUUGGAGCCUUGGUCGAAAUCCUCUCUGGAGCGAUUUGUGGCAAUGCUCCAUAAGGAACAGGUCGCCGAUUCCGAUGCGGAGCGUUAA